UCUGCUCCAUGUUGUUCUGUCGUCGUCUGCCGCGACAUUUUCGAAUCAGGAAAAAGAAAUGUCAUCGGUAGCAAGCAGAGUGGACUUUUUAAUACUCCUUAUUUGAUCUGUGCAGUUUUCUGCUUUAAAAUAGCUCAUAAAUACCCUCCAAGCUGCCGAAAGAAUGAAGCAGUUAAAUGGUCCUCCAACUGUGUUUUAUGAGCCAAACUUCAUUAGUGAAGAGGAAGAAAAACGACUCGUUGAGAGUAUUUAUGCUGCUCCAAAGCCAAAAUGGCAACAGCUGUCGCGUCGUCGCCUUCAAAACUGGGGUGGCUUACCACACCCAAAAGGAAUGAUUGCUGAGUCAAUCCCUGAUUGGCUAAUGAAAUAUGUGAGCUUAUUAAACAAUCUACAUUUGUUUGGUGACAAAAAGGCCAACCAUGUGCUGGUCAAUGAAUACCUUCCAGGACAGGGUAUUAUGCCUCACACUGAUGGACCCUUAUUUCACCCUGUCAUCACGACAAUCAGCCUUGGAUCUCACACUGUGCUUAAUUUCUAUGAUAGAUUGGACUCUGAUGAGGUGGAUGCUGAAGAUUCCCAACUCUCCUCUGUGAAGCAAAGGCAAAAGAAACUAUCUGUUUUACUGGAACCCAGAAGUCUGCUAGUGGUUAAAGAUGAUCUCUACCACAAGCAUUUACAUUCCAUAGAUGAACUGAAGUCUGAUGAGAUAUCAGAGCUAAUAGUAAAUCCAGGAGAUAGACAGCUUGGUGAAGUUAUGCACAGACAAACUCGCAUAUCACUAACAAUUAGACAUGUCCCAAGAACUAGUAAGGUACCUAUAUUUCUAAGUAGGAAAAGCUAACCAGAUUUGAAAAAUUCCUGUUUUGGUAAAGUAGGGUCAUAAAAUGCAGAAUACCAUGCAAUGAAUUUUUUUUUAAAUGUUAAAAUUCUUAUUGGUAAGAAGUUUUACUGAGUCCUGAUCACAGACAGGCAGAAUUAAAUAAGAAAUGGUGUACGAACAACAUUAAAACCAAAUUUUGAUGAGAA